AUGUUAAGAUCAAGAUUGUCAUCGCUCAGAGAAUACCUCACCCCGAUCAAUCACAGCUCGAACUUCCUUACCACGGGAGAAAUAAGUCCAGAGGAGUUUGUCAAAGCAGGCGAUUAUUUGGUCUAUAAGUUCCCCACAUGGCAAUGGGCAAGCUGCCCCAAGAACCUUCAGAAGCUGUUUUUGCCCAAGGACAAACAGGUGUUGGUGACCAAACACGUGCCCAGCCACCGGAGAGCAAACAAUUAUUAUGGAGAGGAGUUGGAAACGGAUAAGGAGGAUGGCGAUCUCGUGACUGGUGGCGACGGUGACGCAGGUGACGCAGACGACAAGGACACCGAAUACGGCUGGAUAAGAUGUAGGAGAUCUUCUAGUGAGAAAGGCACGGGCGAAGUUCUGGAUCCCCACAGGGUGGAGGAGAUCAAUGAUAUCGACGAGUUGAUAGACGAAACUGCCGAGGAUAACGACGAGCUCGAUGGCGAUGGCGGUGACAAUGACGAGUUUGAUGACUUUGAUGACUUGGACAUACUCAACAACGGCAGCAACAAAUUGAGAAAUUACGACUUGUACAUCACAUACUCGACUUCGUAUCGCGUUCCAAAGAUGUAUCUAGUUGGAUUCGACUCCAACGGGAUCCCGCUAUUGCCGCAGCAGAUGUUUGAAGAUAUCAAUUCCGACUACAAGGAUAAGACGGCAACGAUUGAAAACUUGCCAGUCUCGCACAACACGACGUCGGUGUCCAUCCACCCUUGCAAGCAUGCAUCGGUGAUGAAGGUGUUGAUGAAGCAUCAGCGGGCGAAGAAGGAGCAUAGAGACUUGACCGAUACCGUUCGACGUUUAUCUAUUGGGUCUAACGAGGAAGCUCAUAAACGAGCCAGAAACCUCCAUGAAGGAGAAGAAAAAGAAAAAGAAAAAGAAAAAGAAAAGGACGACGAAGAAGAAGACGAAGGCAUGAGGGUAGAUCAAUAUUUAAUUGUCUUUUUGAAAUUCAUUGCUAGUGUUACCCCUGGUAUUGAAUAUGACUACACCAUGGAUGCCUUAUGA